GUUUGCACGCGAGCACAUGGUCUCAGAGUGUGAUACCAUCACACCGAAGUUCGGCGAUGACCUGGAAGUUUUGAUCUCCAGUGCGGUGAAGUCUCUCUUGGACUGGGCAGUAUAUAAGCGCGGGAAUUGUUCUGGUUUGGUCAAGUUCCUCUCAACUACGAAGGUGGAUGUGAGAUACAUGCAGAGCGUACGGCAGUUGAUCGUCGGGACGGCCCCGAUGUCUGGAAUCUCCGGCAGUGCGUGUGCGUUUGGGAGUUGUUCGUGAAGCCAGAUAAUUUCAAGCUUCGCAGUCUUUUCGGGAAAGGGCUUCUGGAUUUGCACAGGACUGCCACCACGAAGGACACGGUCAAAGCCAUCUCAGUCAAGACAGACGGCGAGUUCAUGCACUUCGAGCCAACGAAGCGCGAGCAUGCGCAGCCAGAGCUCAAGGCUCUGGUCAACCUGAAGCGACCCGUCAUCGCAAGCGAUUCCGAGGUGAUCGGCAUCGCCCUCUACAGCAAGAAACUGUUCAAUUUCUCAUACGGCACAACGUUGGCCGACGGGCUGGCAGAGACGAUCCAGCUCCUCGUUGCCCUUCCGGCGGGCAUCAGCCAUCCCCUCAUCGCAGGGAUGGAAAUGUUGGAGCUUAACAAAAACAUCCGCGAUAUCGAUGCCUCCUUCCCGGCGUUGAACUGGGCGGAUCCAGCUUGCGUCGGGCACGGCCGCACCUAUCCCGCCAUGACCGGAGAAUGGUUCCGGUCGACGGAGCACGGACAUUUGCCCAUUGUGAUCCGCGGCAUUUUCCGCGAAUUCGAAGUCGCGACGUUUUUGGGGACGGUUGCCCCAAGAUUUUCGUCUACAUGAAGGAUGGCCGUGCUAUUUGGCGCUUCCGCCGACAGCGAUCGAGAAGAUCUCCGGCCACCUGGAGGCCACGAGGCGGGCCCGAGCCGCGUUGCCAGAGAUGUUUGAUACGCCGCGGCUGAUUGCGCAGCGUGAGCAGGAGCUCCAGGGACAGUCGGAUCUGGCGGCAAAGCUCACCGAGAAGUUGGCAGACUUUUUGGAGUCGACGGGUUCCGAGGAGGUCGCUGCUGCCAUUCACUGGGCAGCGGGCGAAGUGUCGGAGACGGACAUUGAUAUCUCUGGUGCAUUUGCGCCUCCAGAGAUCGCAACGACGACGUCAAACCAAGACGCGACUGGCUGUCUGCAGGGCGGGUUUUCGUUGAGUGA